UUAAAUACAAAAAAUAACUGAAAAAUAAUAAUUCAAUUCAUUAAUAAAUCACAAGAAAGAAAAAUGUCAAAAAUUGGUUUUAAUUUAUUCCUACUUCUGUUAAUACAAUGCCGAUUAGUGGCCAACCAAUGUAUAUAUCGGGGAAAAUGCGGUGAAUUAAUCUCGAAGAACGAACAAACCAAAGGCCAGAUAUUCCCCAUACCCUGUGUAGUGGACGCACAGCCGCAACCACUCAAUCAAACCAACGUGGAUGAGCUGAAAAAGAUUGUACCUGAACUAUUCACUGGUUUUAUGUCACUACUUGUUGCAGAAAAUGUUUUAACAACUAUUUUAACAACCAUGUUCUUCCCCGCCCUAUCUUCCCUGUACCCGUUGAAAGAUCCAAACCCGGUAUUUUGCUGCGACGACGACCAGGCGUACGCGAUGUUGCAUGAUCAAAUAGCGAAAGCCGAGUUCAUCUCCCGGUGCCCGUCGUGUUACGUAAACUUUGCCAAAACCCUAAUACACAUGUCGUGCAGUCCCCGUCACCGCGAGUUUCUCAAAGUGACCAAAAGCGAAAAGCUUAAGGAUUCGGACAAAUACAUGCUCAAAGAGUUGUCCUAUUAUAUGACCAAUCGGUACGCGAACUCGUUUUACAACUCGUGCUCAUCGGUGGCGUUCCCCUCCGGCUCGUCCACUGUCAUGAAACUUCUGUGCGGGACAUACGGUGCCGAACACUGUUCGGCGGCCAGACUUCUGGAGACAAUGGGACACUUUGAUCCGUCGCCGAUGCAAAUCAACUUCAAGCUCACGGACGCCGCCAUCGAUGACCGAAAACCAAUGGACGAUACGACCUAUUCGUGCGCUGAGGCUCCCAAAGCCUACUCUACAAUGGCGUGCAGUUGCGGCGACUGUCCCGUCAUAUGUCCGGUCGGCGGGCAGUUGGCUUACGCCGAGCCCGACUCCGUGUGGCAGGUGUGGGGCGUCAAUGGUAUGUGGGUUUGUAUGGCUUUUGUCUAUUUGGUCCUAUUUAUGGUGAUUGUCAUUGGAUUCGUGAUUUGCUAUCGGCGUAAAAGAGCUCGCGGCCACAAGUCUAGCGAAGACAACACAUCCAAUGCGCAGAAAACAUCGAGUUUUGGUCAGAAUGUACACGAAUUUGGCCUACAAUUUGACGAUACGAUACGUGAGUGGUUCGGCCGUUACGGGCGCUUCUGUUCGCGUCGGCCGUGGAAUGUGAUCCUUCCGCUCGUUGGCGUCGCGGCUGCCGUCGGCCUAUCGGUGGGAAUACUGACCAGUUUUGUGGCGAUGAUAGAUCCGGUGCAGCUCUGGUCGGCGCCCACCAGUCGGGCCCGAAGCGAGAAAGACUUCUUCGACAACAGUUUCGGACCAUUCUAUAGGACGGCUCAGAUUAUCAUUUGGCCCAACAAUAAGACCACGUUUGAACACUUUUACCUCGAAGACGAAACAACAAACAGCACCAAAACCAUUGGUCCGGUGUUUGAAAAGCAAUUUUUGCUACAAGUGCUGGAACUGCAGUCAAAAGUGCUAAAUCUGACCGCUAAUGUGGCCGACAAAGAGGUUGUGUUGAGUGAUAUCUGUUUCGAUCCGAUGAAGAAUAAGAAGUGCGCGACUCAGACACCGUUGGGUUGGUUCCAGAAUGACAUCAAUAUAUUAAAUAAGACACGUAUUGACGAAGACCUAAAUAAUCAUGAGUACAAUUACCUUGAUCACUUCAUCUCAUGCACGGCAAACCCCACGAGUCAAUACGAUAAUUACAUUGAGACGACGUGUGCCGGCACUUUUGGCGGACCCAUGUUUCCCAACGUAGCGCUCGGCGAUACCGAUGAGGACAUGCCAGAGCCCGACCGCUUUAUGACCGCCCGCUCUCUCGUCAUUACGAUAUUAAUUAACAAUAAUGUCGACGACGACAAUAAGACCGAUGCCAUGGCCUGGGAAAAGGUGUUUCUCGAUUAUAUGCAUAGUUAUAGUAAUCCUAACUUUACGUUUGUCUUCUUCGCAGAGCGUUCACUUCAGGACGAGAUUGACAGACUUAGUAAAUCAAGUAUCGGUACGCUUGCCAUCAGUUAUAUUGUUAUGUUUAUCUAUAUAUCUAUAACUUUGGGU